AGAUCACAGACCUGGUCCAUGCAAACGAACUGGCUGGCGCUCGUUGCUGGGAAUCACCGCUGCAGGCUGCCCAAAGCCUCAACGUCGGGCGAGAGUCGCGCUCCACCUGUCACAUUCUGAUACAGCUCCGUCGCUUUGAGCGGCAUGUUCUUGCGAUGGAGGCCCUAGUCCCAGAAUCCAGCGCGGCCACGGCUCCGCGCAAGAAAUUCGCCGCGCCGCCGGUCAAGAGCGCCUGCCUCGCUUGCCGAUCAUCACGGACAAGAUGCAACGGCGACAAACCCUGUUCCAGCUGCAAGACAAGAAACCGUGAAUGCGAGUACUUGCCUAGCCGACGUGGUGGUCCACGCAUUCGUAAGAAAAGCAAAGAAGUGUCUGCACGGCAAGAUCCACCAGUCGGCAAGACAGAGGAGAUGCCAUUUUCAGCAAUCUACCUCGAGAAUUAUAUCGAGCCUGGAGCUGGCCUUGCCCAGCUGGGCGACAAGUAUAAAAGCAGCGAUGCGAUCUUCGAGGAGCUUUUCCAGCAGCCGGUUAUUGCAGACACAACCGUCUGCAUGGCGAGGACUUAUGGUCUUGAUCAAGCUGCCAUUUUGAACGCAUAUUAUAUCUGGAUACAUCCUUUCUUUCCUAUUCUUCCUCGCCCACAGGCGUCACCAUACCCCGAAGUCAUCACGCCCCUGUUUAGUUAUCAGAACAACGACUUUGAAUUCGUCGAGCCCCCUUCGCCAAUAAGUCUUGCGCUUUCUGCCAUCCUGGCCUUGAUACCCUGUCCUCAAGACACUACGCCAAUGAGCCCUGACUCGAUCCGCUUUCGACGCAACUACUCCCAGCUUCUGGCGAAAUCGGCACUUGAGAGCAUCGAAAUUGCCAGCGACCGGCCAGAGUCCGAACUCGAACCCGCGAGAGCCCUGGACGAUGCUGACCAGGGCAGUGCCAGAAUUCAGUUUCACCCAGAAGUACCUUACGAGCUUGAGACAAUCAUUGCACUUGACCUUUUGUCAGUCUAUGAAUACGCGCAGCGCGGAAAUCUCAAGAAGAUGUCUCUGCGGGCCAAUGCGGCAUUGACGCAAGCUCUAGAGCUUGGGCUUCACACCGACCCUACACAACAAGACAUUUACACUGACGCUAAGAGGAGGACCUGGUGGAUGACAUAUGUAUGCAUCUCCCAAGUAUCAAUCGUCAGCAAUACGGCCCCAACCUGGGAAAACCUCGUGUCAAAUAUCACUACUCACUACCCUUUGAUCCGUUCUGAUGGCGAGGCGUUUGGUCACUUUAUCCAAGCUCAGCAAGCCAUCUUGGCUGCCACGAAAUUCGUCAUGGAGCUGAACAAAGCCCGGGAGGCGGGACAGGGAUACCAGCGCAUCUUUGAGCGUAUGCUUGAGCUCGAGCGACGUCUCGAGCCAAUGUGUACGAGAUCUGAAUCAUGGAUUCUGGAUUGUCCACUCACGCGACCGGUCGAUGGCGAUGAGCACGUACUUGCGCAGGCCCUGAAAUGCAUUGCGAGGAUAAAAUUGAACAGUGCUCGAAUCAAGGUUCAUCGCUACUGUGCCUUUUUUGACACGGCGAUAUUCUCCGGUAAACACUGCGACUUGAAAUCGACAAGAGACGAGGCAACACCAAGUCCCGAACAGCAAUAUCUGCAACCCUGCUGCACGAGCAGCUUUGAAUCUAUACCCAGGAGACAGAUGACCCAUAGCAAUGGCCUGUCCUCACCGCCUCAAUCAAACCGCUCGACACCUGCCGCCAGUAUCGUGCUCGAGGCACAAGGCCCACUGCGACUGCCCUUCACCAUGUACCACUCGUCCGACGUCUGUCUCAGGUCAGCGCUCAACAUUGCCAAGGCAUUCGACCUAAUGCCGUAUCCAAACCCUACUGGUCAGAUCUCCGCAGCGCCGAUUUACCUUGGCCCUAACUCCCCCAUGGUCACGCCAAGGACGAUGCCGGCGUUUGCCUGCUGCGCCAUGCAAAGCUGCUACGCCCUGCUCAUGGUGAAGAGCAAGGCACAGCAGCUUGUCGCUGGCCAAGGGACAACAACCGAGACCGACUCGGGAUCAGGACCGUGGCAGGAUAACCUGGCAAGCGUACAAGCUGGCCUGUUUUCAGUCCUGAUGACACUAGAGAACUAUGCCAGCGCCUUUGAGGCCUUGGGUGGGAUGCGAGACCAAGUUCGUGACAAGGUUGGCUUCAUGGCGACAUUUUAGGGACGUUGGAUACUUAGGGUGUUUUCUGUAGACGCAGGCACACAGACUUGCGCUACUGGCUAGGUGUGUUUUUGUCUUGGCUUGG